AUGAACACAAAAAGGAGGAAGCGUGAAGGCAACUAUCAUGAGGAAAUAUAUACCUAUAAAAAUGACGAAAAGUAUGACGAAGAAUUUUUAGAUAUAGAUAGUAACGUACUAAAGGUGUGUGAUAAAAAUGGGGGGGUACUUCGCAAAUUAAAUAUAUUUUCCCCUGGGGGGAGAAUGAAGAAGGGCACUAAAGGAAAAGGGAGAGGCUGCGCGAAAAGGGUAACUACGAACAUUGUAAAUGACGUAAGGUUCAUGGACAUACUACUAUGUGGGGAUAAGGAUAGCGGAAAGACCACUUUCUUGAAUUGUAUAAGCUGCGUGGAGAGCUCUGAAUCGGGGCACACCGAUGGAAAGGGUGGCGGUAUCGGUGACAGUGGCGGUGAAGAUAACACCCCGACCAACCCACCGAGGAACAAACAAAUCGUGUGGAAUUACAACAGGUUGGAACUUCUGUCCUACGUCCCCAUUAUUUUCUCCAAAAUGACAAAUAGAAAUUACGAUGUGUUCAGAAAAACGUUUAAAAAAAAUUUCCUAGACACGGAUAUAUGCCAAGCUUCUAUUUUUUUAACUCGGGAUGACUUGCAGUUUAUUAAUUACGAGUUUGGCCUAGGGGAAGAAUUAAGGACUGACCAUUUUGAAUACCUGAAGAUAAACUUCUGUGAGUACGGUGAUGAUUUGUUUCGCAAAAUAAGGGGGUACUACAAGCUGUGUGACGAUGUAAGGGUGGGGAGUAACACGGCGAGAAGCGGUAAUGGGGUGUACCUGGCGGAGCGCACGAAGCGGAAAACAAACUUCCCCCCUAGCUGUCCCAAUGAUGCAACAAACUCCAGCACCGUCAUCAACGUCGUGGAAGGCGCGAUUCUACGAAUUAAGGAUACAAAGUACAUAAGUUAUUUUAUCAAUUUGAGGAGGUCAUUCCUUUUGGUGAAGUCUACUGCGCGCAUAUAUAAAAUUCUAAUGGGGAAAAGGAACAGGAGGAGAGGAGAAAAAACAAUUAACAUUGACGUCAGCGCAGAGGAAAAGGAAUAUCCCAAUUAUAGUGCAUUCCUGUACAAAACUUUGAACGCAACCAAGUGUACAUUUAAAAGGGCGAACUCCAACCCGCGUAAGUCACUUUUUAGGAAGAAAAAAAAUCUGUUCAUCACGAUAAAUGAGGAACAUAUUAUGAACACGUUAGACUAUUUAAGCAUUAUAAAAGGUCUGAAUAACUAUGACAGGAAGGACGUCCUUUUUGUGGCUAGCCGAGCAUUCGAUUUUGAGAAGCUCAGCAAAAGGUUCCACAUAUACUUUAACAUGAGUCACAAUCUGGAGGUCUUCAAUUCUGCUCUUAGGGGUAGGAUUAAUUGCAGUAAAGGUAGUACACAUUGGAGUGACAGCGGUGGGAAUAUUCUACCGGAAGAUGAUAUAUACCACCUUUUAAAAAAAUGUGUCAUUGAAAAAUGGAAAGUUUGUAAAGGAAGGGCAAAAACAAUAACCAAAAAGUGCAACAAAAAAAGUGAUGUAAUUUUUAAAUACCUUUCGGAGAAGAAAUUACGACUCAGGGGGGAGUGUCACAAGAAGAAACGUAAGCGCAAUAAUGGGAGGAAGCAAAAGGAGGUUCAAAAUAACAUCGGGGGGGCUAAACAUGCAGAAAGUAAUGAUCACCAUUCGUGUGAAUAUACAUAUAGGAGGAAAAACAAAAAAUUAGACGAAACGACGAAUGAUCUUUCCUUCUUAUUGGCGGAAAGACGGGAGGUAGCGAAUUUUUUUAAAACAUUCUAUGACGAAUAUAUUUACAGAAACCAAAAUCGAGGAUAUGUAAAAAAUUUGGUGAAGGAAAAUUUCGACAUUUGUUUUUUGUUUAUCAAGUUUUGCUUCUACCAUUUUUAUGGCCCUCCAGGGAAGGCAAAAAAAAACAGCGUGCAGGUGAGCAAGCUGAAUAUAUACAAAUUUGUCUACAUAAAACAGAUUGAAGUGAUUCGGAAGGGCAACAACCUUUCCCAUUAUAACAUUUGCGUCCCAUCAUGUGUGUACGUUUUUACUAAUUUGCUAAAGAUGAAUUAUCAGGGUACUCCCUUUCGAUGUCUGCGGGACCAUAAAAUGUAUUCGCUCCUAAAGUAUCUUUUUUACGCUAUUAUCCAUUACAAACUGAGGAAAAGAAGCUACGAUUUUUACAGGCGGGGUAAGGUAGGGGCAAAUUACAUCUGCUACUUUACUCGUGGAGUUAUAAUUAACUCAUUGGUUGAUCUGUUUGAAAGAAGGACGCGAGAGGGUGAGGUAAUUUCCCCCUAUGCUGAUUCGGGAAAAACAAAACCACAGACGCCUAAACAAAAAGCAGCAUUGUUACGGCCACUCGGUCGUAAACAUCGAAGGAACAGAAAAAUUUUAAAAGAUAUUCUUAACCGCAUGGACAUGCAUAUGCACAUGCAACCGUUCACCAUUAUAAAUAGCAUAAAAUCUGAUUGGGCCUAUUUUAAAAAGUACAUGAUAAAGUCAAGCAUGUGUUCGUAUUACAGUGGGGAUACUUACGUAUACCCUGACGUAUCCUUCGUGCUUGUGCUAAAUUUUAAGCCGCUUCACGGGUGUGGGCGCAUUCGCCAUGGAGCGGUAGCAAAAAAAGUAGAAACCGAAGCAGACAUAGAGGCGGAUGAUGCCAAUUCAGAAAUACUCCAGGAAAAGAGCAUCCACUUCGCGCCAGUAAUCAAUGAGAACACUAAAAAUAAACUGCGGGGGAGGUCCAUUUUGCACUUUCCCUUUUCACACAGGCUGCUAAAGUACUUCGUUGAAAACAUCCCCCCGAGGAGGGGUGGCAAAGGGAGCAAUUCUAAUACUCACAUUUUACUACAGCUAUUAUGUAAUCGCUUCUUCAAAGCAAUGAACAGGUUGUUAAUGUACUACUACACAGGUGAACAGAUAAAACGUAGAACAGAAAUGGAGCACAUUUUUAUUUUAUUAAAUUAUGUCAUGGAUGUUUAUUACCUCAUGGCGUACGAGAAUAUGUGCUCUUACGUGGCUACGCACGGGGACUUUGUCCUCACCAACAAUUUACACACUUCGUGCGAGUUCAAGGGAGGUAAUUCUAUUGGGACGAAAAGAAGAGUCACCUUUCACCUGUACCCCAAUUGUGAGCUGUUCAAUUCAGCCUACUUUCUGUGGGAAGAAAUGAAAUAUGGGGGAAAGAAUGGCUCGAUGGAUAGGCAUCUUUCGCAUUGGAAGAAGGAUUUGUUUUUUUCAGUUAGUUUGGCUCAGUGA